GUCUAUUUGUUUGACUUGACUUAUAAGCAGCGGCCAUACACCUUCCUCUUGCCUAGAAAAUGCCACUCCUCAGGGGAAGUCCAGAACGGCAAGAUGUCCACUAACGGUGUGUCCAACAGCGUGUCUAAUGGCCUGCACCUUCAUAGCAAUGGCUUCCGGCUACCAGAAAGUAGGGGACAUGUCAGCCCCCAAGUAGAGCUUCCCCCAUAUCUGGAACGUGUGAAGCAGCAAGCCAAUGAGGCUUUUGCCUGCCAGCAGUGGACCCAGGCCAUUCAACUUUACAGCAAGGCCGUGCAAAGGGCCCCUCACAAUGCCAUGCUGUAUGGAAACCGAGCUGCUGCCUAUAUGAAGCGCAAGUGGGAUGGUGACCACUAUGAUGCCCUGAGGGACUGCCUCAAGGCCAUCUCCCUAAACCCGUGUCAUCUGAAGGCACACUUCCGCCUGGCCCGCUGCCUCUUUGAGCUCAAGUAUGUGGCUGAGGCCCUGGAGUGCCUGGACGACUUCAAAGGGAAGUUUCCGGAACAGGCCCACAGCAGUGCUUGUGACGCGUUGGGCCGAGACAUCACCGCUGCCCUCUUCUCUAAAAAUGAUGGUGAGGAGAAGAAGGGAGCUGGUGGUGGUGGCCCAGUCCGCCUCAGAAGCACAAGUCGCAAGGACUCCAUCUCAGAAGACGAGAUGGUGUUGCGAGAACGGAGCUACGACUAUCAGUUUCGAUACUGUGGCCACUGCAACACCACUACGGAUAUCAAGGAAGCCAAUUUCUUUGGCAGCAACGCUCAGUACAUCGUCAGUGGCUCUGAUGAUGGCUCCUUCUUCAUCUGGGAAAAGGAGACCACCAACCUAGUCCGUGUGCUCCAGGGAGAUGAAUCUAUCGUCAACUGCUUACAGCCACACCCCAGCUACUGCUUCUUGGCCACCAGCGGCAUAGAUCCUGUUGUACGACUCUGGAACCCCCGACCAGAGAGUGAAGACCUCACAGGCCGAGUUGUGGAGGACAUGGAGGGUGCCUCUCAGGCAAACCAGCGGCGCAUGAAUGCAGACCCCUUGGAAGUGAUGCUGCUCAACAUGGGCUACCGGAUCACAGGCCUGAGCAGUGGGGGUGCUGGAGCCUCAGAUGAUGAGGACAGCUCAGAGGGCCAAGUGCAGUGCCGGCCCAGCUAGACACUCCUAGCCCUAGCCCCUGCUACUGGCCUGACCCUCCUCCCUGGGCAGGAGGUCAGGGGAUUCUGAUUUGGUUUGUCUUCCCACCCCCAUUUUUCAUUUCCCUUGUUUUGUUUGUUAGUUUGGCAUUGGGGGUGGGGAUUCCUGCAACUUGCUGCUUUCAGACUCUUGGGCUGAUUGUCCCUUGACUGUCCCCAGCUCUGAGCAGAAAGCAGGAGGGGAAGUCCCUCUGUAUGUCCCCACCUUCUGCUUCCAUAUCCCUGGAGGGUUCUGGCCUGCCACAAAACUCCUCUGCCUUUGAUGAAGAGGCAAGAGGUAAAGCUGUCUUCAGUGACUGCCCUGCCCUUCAGUUGGCAGCAGGAAGAGAGUGGAACUCUCAGCUGGUAAAAGUUAGCCUUGGCCUGUUGCCACUCUUCCUCUCUUGCCUGCAGGGCUAGCUCUCCCAAGGUCUUCAGGGAAGGUCCCUCCACAGCCACCAGUGUUAGGAUGGAGCAAAGGAAGGAUGGGAACCCUGGAAUGGGCAAGGCCAGACUACCUGCCCUGGUGGCAGUGGAGCUUCCUCACUCACUCCUGGGCAUCUGCUGUGGCUCUGCCCCUGGGCCUGGCCACCUCUGAGGGCUCUGGCUUUCCUGAGGGACCUGGAGGGGUGGGGGGAGAUGCACCAUACCCUCUGCCCCUAUGCUGCCACUUCUGCACCAUGGCCACUCUCCUCGGGCGCUCCUUGGCCUCACUGUGACCUUUCUGCCAGAGCUCCCAGCCAGGCCUACUCUGCUGAGGUGGCCCUUCCUACUAAGGCCCUUCGGCCCUUUCUGCCCUCCUUCCUACCCUACUUGCUGAGCCUAGCCGCCACAAAGACCAAAGAAGUGAUGGCUUUUCUAGGUCCCCUGCUGCUCUGGGGGGAGGGGGUGGGAAUGUCCCUAGCUCAGCCCUCUCCCUUCUCAGCAGCCCCAAGCUUUACACUGGAUGCAGCAGUCACCCCAGCCACCAAACCUCUCCCUCCCUCCCUCUUCCCCUCCCCCUCCAUGCUUCCUUGGCUUCAGCCCUCCAGCUGCAACCUCUGGGGAAAAGCAGCCUCUCUUCCUCUCCACACCCUCCACUCCAACCCUGUCUCUGCCAGGUGCCUCCUCUCAGUCAGGCUUCAGAGCAGCACUGGGGACAGGAGGGCCAUGUUAAAAGCUUUUUCAGUUUUAAGAUGGUGGGGCGGUGAGACUAGUGGUGGGGGGUUUGGCACCAUCUCAUUGCUUUAAUCCCAGCGACACAGGUGGCAGCUUCUCCCCCUUCCUGCCCACUCCAGUCCCUCUUCCCACCCCUCUCUUCUUUUAGCUUGGUAAUGAAGUAUAUUUAUUGGUGAAGGAAACAACUGCUGCUGCUUCUCCUGCUGCUGGGACUUGCUCCCCUCUGUCUCUUCUCCAUGACCUUUCUUUAACCAGGGACGGAGGAGCAGGAGUAUUGGGGCUAGGCCCUGGGGCACAAGAACUGGCCAGGGCCCCUUUGCUUUCCUGUGUUCUAGGCACUCACCAUUUCCUCCCUCCCUGCCUCCCACCCUCUGCCUGCCCAUCCUGGGCCCUGAAGUGUGGAGAGACACAUAAGCCUUACUGUCCUCUGGGGGCCCUGAGCCGAGCCUUUUUGUUGCUCCGCUCCCGGGAGAGUGAGGGUGACGCAAUUGAUUAAAAUCAUUUUGUUCUAGUUGUGGCUAGUGGCAUUUGUGCAAAUGGGUCUUGGGUCCCUCACCUUUAGCUCUGUGACCUUGAGUAACCACACCUCCACUAGGCAGAAUGAGAUACGCCUUGCAAGAUCGCUGUGAGCAAUGGCCACUCAGCCCAGAAGGGCUGAGCACAAAGUCCAGCUCUGGUGGCUGUGAUUUGCCAUAAUCAGCUUUUUAAUCCCUGGCUUUCUCUCCUAUAAAAGAAGAAGCUAGUAGUUUUUCAGACUUUUUCAAAAGAACCCAAAUGAGAAAUAUACCUUUCACACUGUGACCCAAGAUACACAUGCAAAAAGUUUUACACAGUAACACUUACCUUUGCUACAUGCAGUAUAUUCCAUGUUCCUUUCUAUUUUAUUAAGAGAAAAAUACUGGUUAUAACCCACUAAAUUGAUAUGUCCUAGAUUAUCAGAGGAUUCCAAAUUUUCUCAGCUCACAGCACCUAGUAAUUUUUUCAUGGAGCCCCUAAGCCAAAAGAAAUACCUAAUAGUUCAAGUCACUUAGAAAGUACUUACGUCCUAACAAGUUAGUUGCCAU